CAUUCACUCUAUUCGGUGAUCAUUCAGUACGCCAUCGACGGUCACUACAAGCAAUCGGUUGAUUGGUUUUAUAUGUCAGCCCUCGUGAGACUCCAGAGGAAUGUCCGCAAAGAAUUGAUGGUUUGUGUGGUCGAUGUGCCCAAAGAUUGUGACAUCUCUUCACCCAAUUGUAUAAAAAGCUUUGAAAUCGAUUUUCUAUCAUUCAAUCGAUGGAAUGCCUCAAAAGGAUUGAAAGAUUUGGAGGACGACUGA